CUGGAGGACCUGCAAGCAGUCAUCGAGAAGCGGCUAGCGGCAAGACGUGAGAACCUUGUCAGCUGCCUUCGGCCGUUGCGGCAAGGUGCGUGGACUGUGAGGCAGGGGCAGGGUUGACGGGGGAAGCAAUUGUGUCUUACCUGCAACUUAAGGACGUACACGGACUGACACAAAUUCAGUAAUGUCCCUUCUGGCCCCUUCGCGCCCUGCAGCUAGAGUCAGUACUCGCCGGAAGGCCGCCACAGCCGCGAUCCGCGCCAGCAUCAUUGCGACCCUCACGCCUGCUCUCCUUCCUCUCGUGCCGCGCAUCCGCAACCCGUUCGGCUGCAGCAUUCCGCUGUGGGUGCUGGCGAAGGCAGGGGCUGCCAGUGACGAGCGUGUGGAGUCACAGCUGGCACCGGUGCUGCUGCAGCGGCUGGGGGAUCCAGUAUUGCUGAAACAUGCCGCACCUCAGAGCCUGGCGAACGCGCUGUAUGCCUUGGGCAAGCUGCGCGAGGACCAGCAGCAUCGGGGCUCGGGCUGGGACCCCACCGCAUCGGCGCACCUGACAGCGCUGGCACGUGCUGUGGCCUCGCGGCUUCGUGGGGCGUGGGGGCACGGCUUCAAUGCCCAGGAUACUUCGAACAGCUUGUGGGCGUGCGCCAAGCUGGGAUACCGCGGCUCAGAACUCUCGCUGCCGCUGGCGGAAGCGGCAGCAGCCCUGGCGGUGCUGGAGACUUUGUGCGGAGAGACGCUGCGGCGGCUGCGGGCUCCAGAGCUCGCUGCAGCGUUCAAGCCGCAGGAGCUGACCAACAUCCUGAUGGCGCUGCAGGGGCUGCCACAGAUUGGACGCCAGCAGUCAGAGCUGCUGGCGGCGGCAGUAGCAGCUGUGGAUUUGCAACGGGACUUUGCCGGUUACAACUCACAGGACCUUAGCGACUCGGCCUGGGCCCUGGCCAAAAUGGGGUAUGGGCAAGGAACAACGCCCCUAUCCUCGAAACAGAGCCAGUGGUAUGCGGCGGCGGUGGCAGCAGCUCAGCGGCCCGGGGUCAUGGCCAGCGCCAAGCCGCAGGCGUGGGCCAACCUACUGUACGCGCUGGCGUUGGUGCGCUAUCAGCCGUCGCCCACUCUGCUUGAAGCGGGUGCAGCAUCUGUCAUGGAGAGCGGCACUGCACACUCUUGCGCCAUCACGCUUUGGGCGCUGGCGGUGCUGCAGCUGCGCCAUGCCGGCGUGGAGUCAGCGGUUUGCGACCGGCUGGGCGAGCUGCUGUGGCUACAUCCGGCGUCGGUUCCUGUGCAGCACCUAUCCAGCAGCCUGUGGGCCCUGGCUGUGCUGGCAGGCGGUGGUGGCCCUGCUGGCCUGGCUGCAGCUCCACUGGCCCGGGCACUUGCGGAAGAGGCCGUGCGGCGCCGCAAGGAUCUUACCAAAGGCGGUCUUGCGCAGCUCUGGCAGGCCCGGCAAGAGUUGGGCAACGAGGUGGAGGCUCUCACCCGUGGCCCCGACGUACAAGCCGCGAUGGAGGCGGCGGUGGCUGCCACCCAGGCGACAGGAUCGAACCCCAGCAGAACGCAGGAGCAGGCGGCGAAGGCACUUCUUAGUCUGACGCAGAAGGGUCUCCUGCCCAUCGUGUCAGUGUGGACGGAGACGGCGGUGGAGGGCAUGCUGGGGCGUGUGGAUAUCGUGACGGACUGGAGCUUUGGGCGGAUGGUGGCCGUGGAGGUGGACGGGCCGAUUCACUUCCUUAGAGGCCGCAAGGGUAACGUGUCCGCGGUAGACGGUUCCACGGCCCUACGCAACCGGCAGCUGCAGCGGGCAUUUGGGAAAGGUAACGUGCUGUAUGUGCCGUACUGGCAUUGGAACGGGCUGAAGACGCCUGCCAAGCAGGAGGCCUACCUGCUGCGGCGGCUGCAACAAUAGAAUGUGCGGUCACUAGCACUGCCACUGGCGUUGGGCGAGACACCAGGAGACGGAGGAGAUGCUACUCGCCGGCAAAUGCAGCGGAUGAGUUCGGGGGGGGGGGGUAUGGCAGUUGCAGUAGCAGUACAAGGGGUGCAGCAGUACCACCAGCAACAACAGCGACAGAGCCCCGCCUGCACCCCAGCUUUACCGGAGAAGUGGAGCAGGGCUGAGGUCCUGUGGGGUGGCUGGUGGCCUGAUCCCGCUGGUGGGGUGGCAAGAGCUGCAUACGGGUCUGCACCCAGCAUGUGAAGCGCCUGGUAUUGGCGGACAGAGACCUAUACCCCGCGGAGGGCUCCUUGGGCGCAUGCAGCCGAUUGAAGAAAGGUACAUCAUCCGGCGCGUCAUUACACGCGCGAAGAAAUCUGCGCGGGAAAGUGGACCGGGUGGCACGUGGAGCCGCGCAAGGCCGCUCGUGUAACAAACUGAGGUU